AUGUCAGUAAAUACAAUUACUUUUACAUUAAAGAAUCAAUGCAGCAGUGAAGUUAUUUGGCCUGCUAUCCAAGGCAGCCUAGAAAUUAAUGGAAAUACAAUAAACGACCCGAUUCCCGCUGGCUUGGCUUUGAACCCUUUCAAAUCAUUUACAACUGCACCGUUUCCAGUUCCCUGGUCAGGCAGAAUUUGGGCUCGUCAACACUGUAAGGGCGAUGGAACUAACUGUCGUGUGGGCGAUUGCGGGGCUUCUAGCUGUUGGGGCAAGUCAACCAAGGCUGUUACUCUGUUUGAAGUUACUGCAGAGCCCGAGAAACUAUGGUAUAAUUUAAGUCUCGUCGACGGUUAUACUACGGGCAUAUCUGUAGUUCCGGACAAGAAGGGAUGUAAAACCCUGACUUGUGAUGUGCCCCCCUUCUUAGGAGGCCAUGAUCCCUCUAACACGCUAUGCCCUGCAACCAACCUCAAGUUGUCAAACCCUGAACAACCCUUCAAGAGCCUGGACCAAGUGGAUGGCUGUCUUUCGGACUGCUCUCUCUAUGGUACAGAUGAAUACUGUUGCCAGAACGCGUGGAAUGAUCCGAAUAAGUGUCCAGCCAGCAGUGCAUGGUUCAAAGAGGCAUGUCCUGAUGCAUAUAGCUACCCUUAUGAUGAUACAGCGGUGAAUACCUGCGAACUGUCCGAUAUUACGAUUGUGUUUAGCUGUAAGAAGAAGUAG